AUGGAAGAAACAUCGAAGCGGUCGUUGCCACCUGAGCUAAUAGAAGAAAUACUAAGCAGGACUCCUGCUGAGUCUUUGAACCGAUUCAAGUCGACGUGCAAGCAAUGGUACGAUCUCAUCACCGACAAGAGAUUCAUGUACAAUCACUUGGAUCGCUCUCCGGAACGUUUCAUAAGGAUCGAUGAUCGUCAGACGGUUCAAAUCAUGGAUCCGGUGACCGGAAUCCAUAAAGAUUCACCAAUCCCAGACAUGUUUCAUGAACCAUAUCUGAGUGUUUCUAUGGUUCACUGUGAUGGACUCAUGCUUUGUAUGUGUCAUGACUCGAGUUUCCGACACAUAAGAGGCGCCACUCUCGCAGUAUGGAAUCCGGUAACGAGGAAAAUCAAAUGGAUCGAACCGUUGGCCUGUUACUCUGGAGCUGAUUUCUUUGGGAUUGGAUACGACAAUACAUGUCGCCAUAACUACAAGAUCUUGAGGUUUUCUGGUCCUCUGUCUGUUGGUGAUCCAGAGUGUGAGAUAUAUGAAUUCAAGUCUGAUUCAUGGAGAACUCUUGGUGCUAAGUUUGAUUGGGCUGUAGAUACUCAGUGCAGAGGUGUGUCAUUGAAGGGUAAUAUGUAUUGGAUUGCUAAACGUAAAGAGAAGGAAGAGUUUAUUAUCCUAAAGUUUGAUUUUUCCAUGGAAACGUUUAAGGACAUAUGCGUUUGUCCCUGUUGUAAAUAUCGACAGGACAGAUACGUUUGUCCUAAUUGUAAAACUCGAAGCUUAGGCUGUUUCAAAGGCGAUAGACUCUCUUUGUUACUACAACAUGGUGAAGGAUCGUCAAUGGAUAUUGAGGUGUUUGUGACAAACAAGUUGAGUGACAGGGUUGUUUCGUUUAGCAGAUAUUUUAAUGUCACUCGCCCUCAUCUUCCGGCGUUACAGUAUUAUUUUAAGAAGUCUCUUCCGGGACACUACAUUGGCAAGCACAACAGUAUCAUGAUAUAUGGUGUGAGGCUAGUGAAAAAAAAAGAUGAAAAGUGGUGUACUUGCAUCAUUCUUUACCAAAUUGAUGAAGGUGGGAUCAGAAAACAAAUUGAAACAGGGCGACAUGAAGCGUUACAGUCGUAUAUUUGUAGCUACGCGUAUGUUCCAAGUCUGAUUCCAGUUCCAGAAUAA